AUGAUUCUUCACAGAAGAAUAAUACCUGCCUUAUGGUUUGCCACAGCAUGGGCGGGCAAUGUCUUCAUUAACUUCACUCUGGAGGAAACAACAAUCACACCAAUAGAAGACACAACCAGUUAUACACCAGUUCCAAGUUCGACAGCUCUUACCGACCCUGCGGUGACAAUCACUUCCACUUGGACUGGCACCCAGACCACUACAGCAACAGUUCUUCAAACUGAUGGUGAUACAACUACUGUUAUUGUCAUCGUUCCAACGUCUUCCAGUGAAGACGUUUCAACUUCAUCUGAACUCAAUUCAAGUAGUGAAGAAGAGACUUCUACCAGUACUUGGAUUACUAGUGCUGAAGUAUCAACUAUCAGUAUCACUUCAACUUGGACUGGAACUGAAACCACCACUACCACUACAACCAUAAUUGAUGGUGCAACCACAACUGUCGUUGUUAUCAUCGUUCCAACAACAUCAAGUGAAGAAAAUUCCUCUAGUGAAGUAAUUUCAUCCAGUAGCUUGACUAGUUCAUCUUCAGUGGAUAUUUCCAGUUCCGAAGUUCCAGUUGUCACCAUCACUUCCACCUGGACUGGUACUGAAACGACAACCACAACUGUAACAGACAUCGAAGGCACUACUACCACCGUGAUCGUUAUAGUCCCAACUACCUCAAGUGAAGUAAGUUCUUCUACUUACUUCAAUACUACUAGCAGUGAAGAGUCGCAGUCCAGUACUUUGAUUUCUAGUUCCACGUAUGAGAACACUAGCAGUGAAGUACCAUCCUCGAGCAGUUUGACAUCUAGUUCGACGUAUGUGAACACUACCAGCGAAAUACCUUCUUCGAGUAGUUUGAUCUCCAGUUCUACAUAUGAGAACACUAGCAGUGAAAUUCCAUCUUCGAGCAGUUUGAUCUCUAGUUCUACAUAUUUGAACACCACGGUUCCAGUUGUUACUAUCACUUCCACCUGGACUGGUACUGAAACGACAACCACAACUGUAACAGACAUCGAAGGCACUACUACCACUGUGAUCGUUAUCAUCCCAACUUCUUCCAGUGAAGUAGGCUCUUCUACUUACCUCAAUACUACUAGCAGUGAAGUACAAACUUCGAGCAGUUUGAUCUCCAGUUCGACGUAUGUGAACACUACCAGCGAUAUACCAUCCUCGAGCAGUGUGAUUUCUAGUUCUACAUAUGUGAACACUACCAGCGAAAUACCUUCUUCGAGCAGUUUGAUCUCUAGUUCUACAUAUUUGAACACCACGGUUCCAGUUGUUACUCUCACUUCAACCUGGACUGGUACUGAAACGACAACCACAACUGUAACAGAUAUCGAAGGCACUACUACCACCGUGAUCGUUAUAGUCCCAACUACCUCAAGUGAAGUAAGUUCUUCUACUUACUUCAAUACUACUAGCAGUGAAGAGUCGCAGUCCAGUACUUUGAUUUCUAGUUCCACAUAUGAGAACACUUCCAGCGAAGUACAAACUUCGAGCAGUUUGAUCUCCAGUUCUACAUAUGUGAACACUACCAGCGAAAUACCUUCUUCGAGCAGUUUGAUCUCUAGUUCUACAUAUUUGAACACCACGGUUCCAGUUGUUACUCUCACUUCAACCUGGACUGGUACUGAAACGACAACCACAACUGUAACAGAUAUCGAAGGCACUACUACCACCGUGAUCGUUAUAGUCCCAACUACCUCAAGUGAAGUAAGUUCUUCUACUUACUUCAAUACUACUAGCAGUGAAGAGUCGCAGUCCAGUACUUUGAUUUCUAGUUCCACAUAUGAGAACACUUCCAGCGAAGUACAAACUUCGAGCAGUUUGAUCUCCAGUUCUACAUAUGUGAACACUACCAGCGAAAUACCAUCUUCGAGCAGUUUGAUCUCUAGUUCUACAUAUUUGAACACCACGGUUCCAGUUGUUACUAUCACUUCCACCUGGACUGGUACUGAAACGACUACCACAACUGUAACAGAUAUCGAAGGCACUACUACCACUGUGAUCGUGAUCAUUCCUACUACUUCCAGUUCCACAUCUUAUCUGACUUCAUUGGAACCAGUGUCUAGUUCUUGGAUUCCUAGUUCUACGUAUGUGAACACUACCAGCGAAAUACCUUCUUCGAGUAGUUUGAUCUCCAGUUCUACAUAUGAGAACACUAGCAGUGAAAUACCAUCUUCGAGCAGUUUGAUCUCUAGUUCUACAUAUUUGAACACCACGGUUCCAGUUGUUACUAUCACUUCAACCUGGACUGGUACUGAAACGACAACCACAACUGUAACAGAUAUCGAAGGCACUACUACCACUGUGAUCGUGAUCAUCCCUACUACUUCCAGUUCCACAUCUUAUCUGACUUCAUUGGAACCAGUGUCUAGUUCUUGGAUUCCUAGUUCUUCAUUGGUGAACACUUCUAGCGAAGUACAAACUUCAAGCAGUUUGAUCUCCAGUUCUACAUAUGUGAACUCUAUCAGCAGUACGGAGGUACCAAGUUCUUCACUUUCUAGUUCAAUAUUCGUGAACUCUAGUACCACUACUACCAGCAGUAUUGAAGUGUCACUUACUACGAUAACUUCAACCUGGACUGGUACUGAAACAACAACAACUACUACAACAGUAGUUGAAACUGACGGUACUACUACAACUGUAAUCGUGAUCAUCCCAACUACUUCCAGUUCCACAUCCUAUCUGACUUCGUUGGAACCAGUGUCCAGUGUUGUGCCACCAGCUUCCGAACAGACAAGCUCAACUGAAUCAUCUGUUGCAUCUUCUGAAGAAACAAGCUCAACUGAAUCAUCUCUUUCUACAUCAUCUGAAGAGACAAGCUCAACUGAAUCGUCUGUUUCUACAUUAUCUGAAGAGGCAAGCUCAAGUGAACCCUCAUCUGCAUCUUCUGAAGAAACAAGCUCUACUGAGUGUCCAACAUGUACUCCCACUCCUUCGAGUUCGUUCGAGACAAUUUCAACUGAAUCGUCUGCUGCAUCCUCUGAAGAAACAAGCUCGACUGAGUGUCCAACAUGUACUCCUUCGAGUUCCUUUGAGACAAGCUCUACAGAGUGUCCAACCUGUACUCCAUCGAGUUCCCCCGAGGUUACUAGCAGCGAAGCAACUAAUUCUCAAACUGAACCUGUGACAAUCACUACUUCAUCGUGGACUGGUACUGAAACAGAUACUCUCAUUACCAUCACCGAAUCAGAUGUGACUACUGUUAUAGUUGUUACUUGCCCUGAAUCAGACGUUACACCUACCAGUUCACCAACUGGACCUGUGACAAUCACUACUUCAUCAUGGACUGGUACUGAAACAGAUACUCUCAUUACCAUCACCGAAUCAGAUGUGACUACUGUUAUAGUUGUUACUUGCCCUGAAUCAGACGUUACACCUACCAGUUCACCAACUGGACCUGUGACAAUCACUACUUCAUCGUGGACUGGUACUGAAACAGAUACUCUCAUUACCAUCACCGAAUCAGAUGUGACUACUGUUAUAGUUGUUACUUGCCCUGAAUCAGAGAUCACACCAACUAGUAAGGUAACCACAGCUGUUCCUACUCCUACAACUGUAAUCACCACUGUCUCAAGCGGAGAACCUAUCACAGUUAUUGUUCCUCCUACGACUGUGAUCACCACUGCCUCCAGCGGAGAGCCUGUCACAGUUGUUGUUCCUCCAACUACUAUUCUCUCCACUUCUGAAGGAGUGAUCACCACCUUAAUCAUUCCUCCUUCUACAACCGUCACAACUGCUGAAAAUGAAACGCCAGUCACGGUUGUUGUCCCACCAACUACUAUUGUGACAACUGCUAGUGGUGAUACUCCACUCACUGUUGUUGUUACUCCAGAGGCUCCUGCUCCAAACACCAUUGUCACUACUGACGAAGGUGGCAACCCAACUACCGUUAUUGAGCAACCCACCACCCCACUUCCUCAACCAACAACGUUGACCACCGCAUACCCUGUUCCAGAGGCUUCCACACAGGAAGAACCAGCUUCUCCAGAGGCUUCUCAGGCAGAACCUGAAGCUCCAGCUGAAGAAGAACUGGGAACCACGACCAUCGGAACAACCAUUACUAUUACUUCUCUCUACACGGGCACCACUGAAUCACAAAGUAUACCAGUUGGUGAGUCAUCAUCUUCUCCAUUGAUCCCCGUCGUAACGUUUACUCCUGAAGGUGCUGCAGCUAACUUGAACUCCAAGAGGUCCGUCAUCUCUGCAGUUGUAAUAAUGUUAGUUGCUGUCUUUAUACAUUAA